GGCCGCGGCGCCAGGCCCAGUUAUCUAGCUGCCGGUACACAGUCUGGUGAGGGCGGCAUGGCUGUACCCACGUCGAUUCUCGGGCCCCCGCCACCCCCCCAAACCGGUCCCGGUUCGAUGGUGGCCUGGUGCUCUAUGAGCAGUGGCCCGUCUCGUUAUGUGCUUGGGAUGCAGGAACUGUUCCGAGGCCACAGCAAGACGCGCGAGUUCCCGGCGCACAGUGCCAAGGUGCAUUCGGUGGCCUGGAGCUGCGACGGUCGUCGCUUGGCCUCGGGGUCCUUCGACAAGACUGCUAGCGUGUUCUUGCUGGAGAAGGACCGACUGGUCAAAGAAAACAACUACCGGGGACAUGGAGAUAGUGUGGAUCAGCUUUGCUGGCAUCCAAGCAACCCUGACCUCUUUGUCACGGCAUCUGGAGAUAAAACCAUUCGCAUCUGGGAUGUGAGGACCACAAAAUGCAUUGCCACCGUGAACACCAAAGGGGAGAACAUUAAUAUCUGCUGGAGUCCCGAUGGGCAGACCAUUGCUGUGGGCAACAAGGAUGACGUUGUGACCUUUAUUGAUGCCAAGACGCACCGUUCCAAAGCAGAAGAGCAGUUUAAAUUUGAGGUCAACGAGAUCUCCUGGAAUAACGAUAAUAACAUGUUCUUCCUGACCAAUGGCAAUGGCUGUAUCAACAUUCUCAGCUACCCUGAACUAAAGCCUGUGCAGUCCAUCAAUGCCCAUCCUUCUAACUGCAUCUGCAUCAAGUUUGACCCCAUGGGGAAAUACUUCGCCACAGGAAGUGCAGACGCCUUGGUCAGCCUCUGGGAUGUCGAUGAGUUAGUGUGCGUGCGGUGCUUCUCCAGGUUGGAUUGGCCGGUGAGGACCCUGAGUUUUAGCCAUGAUGGGAAGAUGCUGGCGUCGGCCUCCGAGGACCAUUUCAUUGACAUAGCUGAAGUGGAGACAGGGGACAAGCUGUGGGAGGUGCAGUGUGAGUCCCCGACUUUCACCGUGGCUUGGCACCCCAAGAGGCCUCUGCUGGCCUUUGCCUGUGAUGACAAAGAUGGCAAAUAUGACAGCAGUCGGGAAGCUGGCACUGUGAAGCUGUUUGGGCUCCCGAAUGACUCCUGAGAGUGGUGGAGACCUUCGUUUGUGCAGUCUGCUGUUCUCUGGACUUUGUGGGCACUCUGAGUGUUUAUAAAUUGUUGUAGUUUACAA